AUGGCACCCUCCGAUCGUCUCAGUCAGGUCAAUGAGCAUCUCAACUACCCUGCCGGGCUUUUAGCAGGCCAGGUAGCCAUCAUUACAGGCGCAGGCCAAGGCAUCGGUGCCGAAGCAGCACGGCUAUUCGCAAAUGAAGGUGCUAAGGUCGUGGUCGCUGACAUUGACUCCAAGAAGGCCAACGCCGUCGUUGAUGCCAUCAACUCGGCGAAAUCCGGCCGCGCCCUGGCUGUUGUCGGUGAUAUUCUCGACGGCGACUAUGUCACCGAUCUGGUAAAGAAAGCCGCCGACUUCGGCAAUGGCAAGAUUCAUAUCAUCGUCAACAAUGCCGGCUUUACAUGGGAUGGUGUUAUUCACAAGAUGACCGACAAGCAAUGGGACACGAUGCUGGCAGUGCAUAACACAGCGCCAUUCCGACUCGUACGUGCUGCGGCCCCCUACUUCCGAGUCAAGGACCAAGAGCCACGGGUAGUCAUCAACAUCAGUAGCACAAGUGGAAUCCACGGCAACGCCGGCCAAGCCAACUACGCCGUCGCCAAAGCCGGUGUCGUCGGCCUAACGCGCACAAUUGCCAAAGAAUGGGGCCCGUCUUUCGGUGUGCGCUCCAAUACGAUCGCCUUCGGCUUCGUGACGACCCGUCUGACGGCCGCAAAGGAGGAAGGCGCCUUCAUCACCACGCCCGACGGCACUAAGGUUGCCCUGGGUAUUCCUGGCAAACAGCUGGCUGGUAAGAAGGGCGAUGAGACGAAGGCUGCAGAGGCAAAUGCCUAUCCUGAUAUUCCCUUGCGUAGGCCUGCGAGCCCUGUUGAGGCUGCGAGGGCUAUUCUUGGUGUUGCGAGCCCGUGGUUCUCGUAUGUCAAUGGAGAGACCAUUCGGGUUACCGGUGGGCGAAAUAUGUAA